AAAACAUACACAAUGCCUUCCAAUUAUCUGCUUCUAUUUCUUCUUGCAGUGGUGGUUUUCACUACCACUACUCCCACUCUUGCUGAUCAGCACGAUGAUCACCGCAAACCACCGAUUCACAAGCCUCCUACCCAUCCCUCAGGCCACCACAAACCACCCAUUCACAAGCCUCCCAUGGUCGAAGUCUCUCAUCUGCCGAAGUCACCCCAACCCCCUAAACAUAAGAACGAGCCACUCCCCGAGCACAAGCCAUCAACCCCUCGUGAUCAACCUCCAAAGGGUAAGGGAGAGAAGCCGCCACCAGAGCACAAGCCACCUCAUGAGCACCGGUUGUUAGAGACAGAUGGAAAACCUUCUAAGGGCGAGAAGACACCACAACAUCACAAUGAGCCUAAGAAGGGAGAGAAGCCACCACCGGAGCACAAACAAGGUGAGCAACCUCACAAGGGUCAUGAGCACAAACCUCCCCAUGAACAAAACGUUGGACGUCGUUUGUUAGAGUCUUCUUCCUCAGAGUUGGAUGGUAAGCCACCAAAGGGUAAGAAUUCACCACCGAAACACAAACCACCUCAUGAACAUCAAUUGUUGGAGUUGGAUGGAAAACCCUCCAAGGGAGAGAAGCCACCACCAAAGCAUAACCCACCUCAUGAACACCAGUUGAUGGAGUUAGAUGGAAAACCAUCCAAGGGAGAGAAGCCACCACAAGAGCACAAUGAACAACACAAGGGAGAGAAGCCACCACCAAAGCACAAGCCACCUCAUGAACACCAAUUGUUAGAGUUGGAUGGCAAACCUUCCAAGGGAGAGAAGCCACCACAAGAGCACAAUGGGCCUCAUAAGGGAGAGAAAGCACAAGCCACCGCAUGAACACCAAUUGUUGGAGGUGGAGGGAAAACCUUCAAAGGGAGAGAAGCCGCCGCAAGAGCACAAUGAGCCUCAUAAGGGAGAGAAACCACCACCAAAACACAAGCCACCACAUGAACACCAAUUGUUGGAGGUGGAGGGCAAACCUUCCAAGGGAGAGAAGCCACCGCAAGAGCACAAUGAGCCUCACAAGGGAGAGAAGCCACCGCAUCAACACCGCUUGUUAGAAACUGAUGGAAAACCAGGACAUCCAGGUAACGGACCUCACAAGGGUGAGAAGUCACCACCAAAGCACAAACCACCUCAUGAACAAAACACCGGACGCCGUUUGCUAGAGUCCUCUUCCACCGAGGUAGAUGAUAAGUCUCCUAAAGGAAAGAAGUCACCCCCAAAACACAAGCCGCCAACCCUACUGGAAAAGAAUGAUGAUCACAAGCCAUUCCCGGAACACAGGCCACCAAAGGGUAAGGGAGAGCAUCCACCACAUCACGAUCGUCACCUCGCACAGAAUGCAGUGGAUGUUGCCAAAGGUUCACCACACAAGCCACCCCGGAAAUUAAAGCCUCCAAGUACUCUCGCAAAGAAGCCUCGAACUGCCCCAGAAAAACCACCACACCGACCUCCAUCUCCCAACUGAUAUGAAUCAUUAGUGUUUUAGUUUCAUGAUAUGUAUGUAACAAUAAGAGCUGUUAUAUCUCUGCCUUGUUUUGUCACUGUUGUACGGAUCAGUUACCUACAUCAGACUGUUUCAUUCCAUGCUUGCUGUACUUAGCUAGCCUACUAGAGAUCGAUCGAGUACGUAUAAUGUUUAUGAUAUGUGAAGCAUCCAGUGUACGUACUCGCAUUGAAUAUUAUGAAUUUGCUUCAUAAGCUUAUAUUAUCGAACAGUUCUCUUUC